CCUACAUGGGCACCGCCCCGGCCAUCUACAUGUAUGAGCGGUAGGUUGUUCGUUUGUGCGGCUCUGCUGGUUGUGGGUUGAGUACAAUUAGCCAGAAACUCCACCAUGGGGGGGAAUAUGCGGGAUCCCGUCUUGUCUCUUGUGCGCUAGUCCCGAUUCUUGCCCCGAGCCAUGGUCCAGGAAACCACGCCAGCGACGAUCGACUUAGAUCGUGUGGAGAAAGGUGGAUAUACUAGGUUGGCCGAGUACAUGGGCCAGCAGCCCCAACUCGCUAUCUUCCGAAGAUUUGGAACUUUGGCUAAUGCGAACCUGUUGUACCUUCAGGCUGAGAUCGUAGAACUUGAGAAUCACUUGAAGCUUGUUCAGGAUGAGGAUAGCCAGACGAAUGACGAUGCUCGGCAAAAGUAUUUCCAGUCAUGGAACCGACUGUCCUACUCAGCUUGUCUUAAACCUGGAAGCCCGGAACGAGAACAGUACGAGUUGAUCAUGAAACUUCGCGAGCUCAUGGCCCAGUACCAUCAAGCACUCGACGACCAAAAGAAAACCCUGGCGCUUCGGACACCUCAUGUCAAAAUGCUCAGAGACCUGCGUGAAUGGAUACGGCGUCCGGAAAUGGGAUUCAUCCAUAUUACAAGCAAGGACUGGGAAACAUGGGAUUACUACGACGUAGCUGACUUGGUGACGUUCGAGAACUCGGCAAUGGACCGUUUCACCUCGUUGGUAACGUACACAAUUAUUGACGUCUACCAUCGCCUCAUUGGGAGGCAUAUCCACCGAGCGAGAGAGGGAACGGUCCUCCCGCUAAACUACCAAGACGACCGCCAUACAGUAACAUAUAGCCAUAAGUCGAUCGUUCGGUUCACACAAGCUUUCACCGUAUUGAUUGCUUGUACACUGCCGAUUGCCGCUAUUGUUGUUCUGUACAAUGUGCGCGAUAUGCCUACGCGGAUCGGUGUCAUUGCGGCUUUAACGGGACUAUUCUCGACUUCGAUGAGCAUUCUCACGAUGGCGUCGCUUCAAGAGAUAUUUGCUGCCACUGCAGCGUAAGCGCAGCGUAACCCUGCCACCUUGGCUCGACUUGCACUGACCAUUCAAGCAGGUUUGCAGCUGUCCUAGUGUUUUUCCUUGGUAGCGAUAUCAAGUCAUAAGAGCAUCGUCUAGGAUUCAGAUUAUGAGCCCCUUGCAGAUGAAGAGAGCUCCUUUAGGGCUGGCUGCUGGACUUGGUCUCUCGUGUCCCUUAGGCACGUAACAGACUGGGGCCAGCUGAUAGCGGCUUGGCAGACCCACUACCGGUAGCGACUUGGCGGGGUUAAUGACGUCAUCGGUCGUUUUAUAAUGUAUCUCAUUUCCUGUCUGUCGUUGGGAAUCUCAAGAAAGCUGAGCUUGAAGGCUGCUAAAUAGGGUCCUGUUAGGUCCUGUUAGGCCCUGUUAAGUUCUAUUACAUACAUAUUAGUUGUUUUCCUACAAUAUCAUAGA